AUGGCUACACUUCCAACUUAUGCUUCUGCGACUGGGAUUCUACUGACAGCAGAAGAAGAACUUAUCGAAUUGGAUAACAUCGAUCUUGAUACAACAUCAUCAAUAUUAUUUCAAGAGAAUGAUCUAGUAAAACUUGUCAGCUCAAUUGAUAACAUAGAAACAAUACUCAAUAGUUUAAAAAAAGAAAUCAGGAAAAGAGAGAACGCAGGACUAGAGAGUAUAUAUGUUGCUUAUACGUGUGAUAGGUGUGAUAGAUUCUGGAUUAGCACUUCGUUCAUGGUUCUAAGUAUGUUAAUGUUGAUCAUUUCCAUGGCAACUUCAUUUAUAUACUCUUUAAAAGUUUAA